AUGGCUUCCACUUAUCCUGAACAAUUCCAAGGUAUCGCUGUCGUUAAUAAAAACCAUUGGAAACAUCCUAAGAAAAUUAGUUUCAAACCAAAGAGUUUCUAUCCAAACGAUGUGGACAUCAAGAUUGAGUGUUGCGGUGUCUGUGGUUCAGAUAUCCAUUGUGCUUCUUCCCAUUGGGGGGACGUUUCAAAGAAUCAAGUGGUAGGUCAUGAAAUUAUCGGUCAUAUUGUGAAGGUUGGAUCCAAUUGUUCCUCUGGUUUGAAAGUUGGUGAUCGUGUGGGUGUCGGCGCUCAAUCUUUCUCAUGUCUCGAAUGUGACCGUUGUAAAGAGAAUAAUGAGCCUUACUGUCCAAAGAGUGUGUGGACUUACAGUACACCAUAUGAGGAUGGUUAUAUCAGUCAAGGUGGUUAUGCAUCGCAUAUCCGUGUCCAUGAACACUUUGUGGUGCCAAUCCCAGAUGAAAUCCCAAGUCAUAUAGCUGCCCCAUUGAUGUGUGGUGGUAUCACUGUCUUUUCACCAUUGAUUAGAAAUGGUUGUAGUCCAGGUAAAAAAGUGGGUAUUGUCGGGAUCGGUGGUAUUGGUCAUAUGGGUGUCAUCUUGGCAAAGGCUCUUGGUGCUGAGGUCUACGCAUUCUCUCGUAGAAGUAACAAGAAGGAAGACGCUUUGAAAUUGGGUGCUGAUCAUUAUAUCGCUACCUUGGAAGAUAAAGAUUGGAGUACCAGAUUAUUUAAUACCUUUGAUCUUAUUGUUGUCUGUGCUAGUUCCCUAAGUGAUAUCUAUCUAGAUGAGUACGUUAAAGUAAUGAGAGUAGGAGGUAAGAUCAUCUCUAUCUCUGCACCAAGUUAUGACGAACAAUUAGUAUUAAAACCAUUUGGUUUGGUUGGUAUUACUAUUGGUAAUAGUGCUCUUGGUUCUAUUAAAGAAAUCAAAAUCAUGUUGGACUUAGUUGCUAAGAAAAACCUUAAGGUCUGGGUUGAAACCAUCCCAAUCAGCGAAGAAGGUGUCAAUGAAGUCUUUGAAAGAAUGGAAAAGGGUGACGUUAGGUACAGAUUUACCCUUGUAGAUUAUGAUAAACAAUUCAAAUAA